AUGCCACGAAAGUCGGACGACCUCGACUUCGAUAUACAUGUCGACCCAUCCUGCCUAAGUACACCAAUGGACGAAGAAACCAGCAUUGUAGUCAGCAACGAGGAAGGAGCGUCUCCGCUCGCGGAGAUUACACAUCACGACAAGGAGAACACAGGAGCGGAAGCACCGGGAGCACAGGAAAAGGCCGCAAAUGAUGCCGUCGAUGACAAGGAAAUCGAUAGCACAGUCGAAAACCCAGUUACACCACAGCAAGAUGAAGAUGAAGUGACUACGACUUCGGAACCUGAGCCACAGGACGCCGCGGUAGAGGUUGCACAAGACGCCGUCGACGAGACAGGAGCCGAUGCCGAUGACCCAGCCUGCGAGGAGCCGUCUUCCAAAGUUCCCGAGGAAGAAAAAUCCUCCGAAGAAGCUGCAGACGGGAGCAAUGCCGAUCAGGAACCCGAGGCUGUUCCUGAUCAGGCUGACCUGGACAAGGAACAAAGGCUUGCCGAGGAUGACGAAGAGACACCAAGAGCAUCCGUGAUGGUCGCCCAGGAAGACCAAGAUGCCACCCGCAGAGAUUCUGGUGUGUCUGACAGGAAAACCUCAGUGGGAGCGGAGGCACUCACCCAGGAGGCUGCAAGAGCCGUUGUCGCCAAGAUCGAGAAAAAAGCCAAGGCCCGCAAGUCUGAGGAGUCAUCCAAUGAUGAGCCAGACGGCGACGAGUCGCUUUUGAGCAACACUCAUGACGACGACCAUGAUGCCUCUUUUCAUGAAACUGCAAACUCGGAAAACAGACGGACGUCCACUGACUCACGUGCACUGGAUGCCGCCGAACAAGCCCAUUCGGAGGGCGAGGCUGGGGGUGAUAGCAGUGAUCCCCAUGACCCAGACGACGACGACGUCUUCAGUGACCGCAGCCCCCGCAGCUCUCUUGGGUCCGUUAACGCAGACGGACUGAGCGACAGGCCGGACUCUAGCAAGUCAGGCGACUACAAGUCGGGUGACUACAAGUCCAGAACGAGGGACCACGGAUCUGAGCAUAGGCGCUCCGCUAGAAUUUCUGGAAUCUCUGAAUUCUCCCAAUUCGACUCUGGAAGCCAACUUGAUGACGGCGAGGAAUACAUGAUACCGACAAAGACCACGCCCAGGCACCCUUUCCGCACCAUAUCGGACGUGCGAGCUAUGCAGAUGUCUUCACCGGUUCCAUCGGUUUUCUCUACCCCCCGAUCCAGCAAGAAACAUGGAAACAAUCCGCAAUCAGUUUCGCGGAUGGGGAGUCCCAGUGUGUCAGCCCAGUACUCGCCCAAGGGUAGACCCACACCGCCGCGGUUCCGGGUAAGGAAGGAAUCGGCGCCUCUUGUCCUUCUGCAUUGCACCCUGCUGCCGCUUCGGUGGGCCUGGGCAGGCGUCUUAAACGAGGGCCGCCUGGACCUUGACGAGGCAACCGAGGGUGGGUUCAAGCCCAGCGAGGAGCUAAAAGGCCUUCGUGACAAUUGGCGUAUCCUCCAGGACCGAAUGGGCGACACGGUGCUCGAGAGGGGAAUUCUCUUACCGCACCCUGAGGGUGACUACGAGGUCCUUGAAGAGAGGCUGCUUGAGGCACUUGAGCUGCCUUUGCGCCGUAGAGCAAGGAUCCUCGAAUGCGGCCACUACCUAGGGCCUUCAAACAUCACCGAGCUCGAUGAUGAGACUGACAGCGAGUUCGAGGACGAUGCCGUCUCGAGUAUGCAUCAAAAGGAAAGCGAUAGAGACAAAAGACACUGGUGUGCCACCUGUAAACAUGACAUUCGAUACGAAGAUCUUGGGCCAGGCCGUAUUUUCCGCGUCAAAGUCUACGCCAGCAACGGGCUCAUGAAGGCCGGGGCAUGGGGUGCUUGCUGGAAAGAGAUGGAGAGAGUCGAUGUCGAGGUCGAGCCCAUUGUUGACCCGGCGGUUCAGGGCGAACUGGAGCGUCUGGAGUCUUGGCAGGCUGCCGAAAAGCGAGAAAUUGAGACUAGGGCCCAAGAAGCGCAGGAAGCUCACCAAGCCAUCGAUGGUGCGGACGACUUUGACUUUGCGGAGAGAGACGACAUCCUGCAGAGCAUUGAGCAAGACGACUUCCGCCACUCUUUCAACGGGUCUGCCGCUGAUCAGACCGUACUUCAUCAUCGGUUCUCUUCCCCACGAGCCAUUCAAUCCCCUUCUCCAAACCCGAUGCUUCAUGCAUCCUCCCCGCCUCCGCCAUCAGGAAGUGGCCUCAUGUCUGCCGAUCCCCAGGAUCGGGAUGGAGACAGAAGAAGACGUGAGGAGGAAAGGCUCCGUGAGAUCUAUGGCCACCAAUCACCCGAGUCUCAUGAUGGCAGGAUGAGGGCAAACUCCCACCACGUCCGGCAGUAUAGCACUUCUGGUCAACAAGGCUACUCCUCACCACCUCCUCUGGACACCGCGAUGGCGCUUGGUGGAUCACACCGCAGGACGGACAGCAGGAAUAUGCCAUAUCAGGACGUCUACGGACUUCCAUCGCCGCCACGAGACUCUCAUAUCAACGAGUCGGGAUCGCCGGUCAGGAGUGAUUACAGGAGUCGUCAUCAGUAUGACGACAGCUACACACCACAGCAUCAGACCCCGGUCUCGCACAGUGAGCAAGCCUACAGGAGGCGAGAAGAACAGCGAGCACACAACGCUCCUCAGCACCGUCAUCGGGGUGACGAGUCUCUGCCGGAACUGCUUUUUGAGGCAGCAAAGGUUCUAUUGCGUGACCGGAGGAAUGUUGCAAUUGCAGCUCUUAGCGUCAUGGUUGUCUUGUUCGCCCUGAAGCAGCCAGCCUACUCCAUGUCCGGAGUGUCUGGAGUUCAAGAGCGGGAAGCAGAGAUUGCACGAUCAAUUUACCUCCAUCAACAACAACAACAACAACAACAACAACAGCAGCAGCAGCAACAGCAACAGCAACAGCAGCAGUUCAGGCAACAGGAGUUCAAUUCAUUCUUGGCGGCCCCUGUUGUACAGAAUCCCGCUGUGGCUGAGGUUCAGCAAGCCCCCGUUGUCGAGGUCAAGGCAAGUUUCCCUAUGCCUGAGCCUCCAGUCAUGUCAGUGGCCACCUCCUCGACUCCUAAGAUUGAACCUGUCGAUCCGCCUGCCGUCAAGCCAAAGAAUAAGAAAACUGUUCGAGUAUACGAAACAGUAACCGAGACCAUCAAGGUGACGGCUACUGAUGUGGCUUCAGCUGCUCCCGAGGCGUCUGGCGUGGAUGAGGAGGAAGAGGAAGAAGUCGAGAUUGAGAUCGUUACCCAAACGGAGGUCGUCAAGCUACCCGCGGCGACCAAGGUAGCAACGACUCCCAAGGCUGAGGCUGAAGAUUCCAAACCAGAAGUACCCCAGGUCUCCGACUCCAACAAAGUUAAUACCGAUCCCGAGGUUUCCAGUCAGAUCAGUCGACCAGAGGUCGAGGACUCCACCAAAGAGACUCUAGACGCGUCGUUGCCCGCCCCUGAGGUGGAGCAGGCACUUCCAGAAACGGAACAGUCCUCAGGGCCUGACCCAGUCAACGUUGGUGAGGAGCUCUGA